AGACUUAAAGACUGCGACCCAGGAGCAGCCAAAGUUGGCUUCUGCACUGAUUACACAUCUCAGCCGAAACCAUAUCCUCAUCCAGAUAAUCCAAACAUUAUAUUUUGGGAUUUACCAGGAAUAGGGACCGAUGAAUUCCCCGCAAAGACGUACUGUCAGAGAGUAGAUUUGAAAAAGUAUGACUCAUUUCUGAUCUUCACGGCGAACAGAUUCCGCAGGGAGGAUUCAAUUCUGGCCGAGGCCGUUUCAUCGAUCGGUAAGAAGUUCUUCUUCGUCCGCUCGAAAAUAGAUCAAGACAUUGAAAACGAGACUGACAUAUUAAGUACUCCUGAAUCAUUCAAUGAAACGAAUUUCCUCGAAAAAGUGCGAGUUGAGUGUUUGAAUAAACUGGGUGACCGACUGAGCAAUAAGCAGCAUAUUUUCCUGAUAAGCAACAUGUACCCCAAAAAAUGGGACUUCAAAGAUCUGGGACAAGUCAUUCUAGAUAUUUUGCCAACAGAUUUGAGCGAGUGUUUGACCUUGUCCCUUGGCGUUCUAAAGAGCUUGUCAACUGAAACGUUAGAGAGAAAAGUCGCAGUCCUCAAAAGACGAAUAUGGCUGGUUGCAGGGGCUUCUGCCGCGGUCGCAUUGGUUCCGAUUCCUGGUGUUUCUACAGUGGCUGAUCUCGGUCUGAUUGUCACAGAAAUGGAAUUUUACAGAUCCCAGCUUGGUCUGCCUAAAGAUAGACCAGAUAAAUUUGAGAUGCUGACCGAGCCCACUCAAGUCAAAGCCAAAAUGUACCUGAAAUCUCUGGAAUUAGCUGUAAAAGGUACCGGAUGGUUGGCAGCCUAUGGCAGAGAAGCAGCUGCUAAGGAACUGGUUCGUUUUCUUCCAUUCGCUUUAGCAACAGCUAGUGCAAUGUCAUGUGGUACUACGUACUAUGCACUUUUGCAUUGUUUGGAAACAAUGGCAGACGUGGCAUUUGCCGUCCUUUGCGAAGCCACCGAAAAAACGGCCGAAGAUUUGCCAGAUAUAGAUUAA